AUGGCGGCCGGCAAAAUCUCACGCUUCAAACUAGAAUCUACCAAAAUCUCUCUCUACAUUCCAAAACAAGAACUGCUCUCUACAUUAAAUUGCUCGUUGUUCGUCGAGCUGACAACGAUCGAGGGAGUGCCCUUGGCCUCCGACUACGUUUCCAACUUCUCAUAUCAUGGUGGAUUCGCGAAAAAAGCGUUUUUCCCUGCUAAGCUUCUUGAGCAGCCACACGAGCCGGUGUUCGUGAAUUUUUUCCUGAGACACGGAUCAAACGACCUUUCGGAACAAAUCCUAGCGGCUAUGGAAAAUCUAGAACACAUUUGCUACGAGGUUCAUCUCCUCACGCGCAAGUCCUUCAAACUAAUCACGGAGCAAGAAUCGACCAUCGCGAAACUAAAGGAAGAGCUCGAGCAGCGCAAGAAGGAACACAAACGCAAGUUCCAAGAGCUACUCAAGGAGUCACAGAAACGUAUCGAGCUCAUCGAGGGCGACUCAAGAUACUUGCGCCGAGAAAACGACGAACUACGACUUGAGAAUGAGCUUCUACGGGAUCAAGUAGCUGCUUUCGAGGCAAAUCGAGAGGCAAUUCUCGAUUCAAAGGUGGAAACACAGCAAUUCCUUGGAGUCUCCCGCUUCGAACUUCAGCGCAAGUCACUGCCAGACAGACCUGAAAAGAUACCCCUCAUCGUAAAACUUUACGGAGUACAGCGCCACACGAAUGGGUUCGACAUAAAGCCUCGCGAGUGCCCAAUCAACAGGUCAAGACUGGACGAGUGCGAAGAAAUUCUUCCGAAAGUUCGGCACGAUCAGGAUCUCUGA